AUGGCUUCCAAUUUCUUGUGUUUGGGGUUGCUUUUAUUGCUGCUCUUGCAACAGAGCUUUGCUGCCUUUAACUAUGGAGAUGCACUUACAAAGUCCUUAUUAUAUUUUGAAGCUCAAAGGUCAGGAAGAUUGCCACCCAACCAGAGAGUGCAAUGGCGGGCCGAUUCGGCUCUUGCGGAUGGAGGUGAUGGCCAUGUGAAUCUGGUGGGUGGUUACUAUGACGCCGGCGACAACGUCAAGUUCGGGUUUCCGAUGGCCUUCACCAUGACACUGCUUUCAUGGAGUGCUGUCGAGUUCGGUAAGCAGCUAGCUGCGAAGAAUGAGCUGUACCAUACGUUGGACGCCAUCAAAUGGGGCACGGAUUACUUGAUCAACGCUCAUCCGGCACCCGACGUCUUGUAUGGUGAAGUUGGUGAUGGUGACUCUGAUCAUAAUUGCUGGGAGAGGCCUGAGGACAUGACCACACCCAGGACGUCUUACAGGAUCGAUGACACCAAACCGGGCGCCGACCUCGCUGGAGAAACUGCAGCUGCAUUGGCUGCAGCCUCCAUAGCAUUCCAUAGUUCCAACCCAACCUAUGCAGCCACUCUUUUGACUCAUGCAAAGCAGCUGUUCAAUUUCGGUCGCAAUCAUGCCGGACUUUACCAGAACAGCAUCCCAACUGCGUCUAAGUUCUAUUCUAGUAGCGGUUUCGACGAUGAAUUGUUGUGGGCAGCUGCAUGGCUCCACCGGGCAACAAAUGAUCCAGCUUACUUAGAUUACUUAGCUAAAGCUGGUAACACCGGCGGCACCCGAUCGGAAUUCUCCUGGGAUGACAAGUUCGUAGGAGCUCAGACACUCGUUGCGAAGCUGGUCUUGGAGGGAAAGGUAGUAAAAGAUGGAGUGUGGGCACAGUACAAAAAUAGCGCCGAGCAGUUCAUUUGCUCAUGCAUUCAGAAAGGGAGCAGCAACGUUAGGAAAACGCCGGGCGGCCUACUUUAUUGGCAUCCAUGGAAUGAUCUUCAAUACACAACCUCCGCUCUUCUCGUCAUCACCGCGUAUUCUAACUAUCUAACCGCAACCCGUUCCGGUCUCCAGUGCCAAGCUGGUCUCGUCCAGCCCUUGGAGAUGAUCACAUUCGUCCAAUCACAGGUGGAUUAUAUUCUGGGAGCAAACCCGAGACGAAUUAGUUACAUGGUAGGGUUUGGGCUCGCUUAUCCCUUGCAAGUCCAUCAUAGGGCUGCGUCGAUCGUGUCCAUAAAGAAGGACCGCACCCCUGUGUCAUGCCAAGAUGGUUUCAAAAACUGGUUCAACAAAAAUGCGCCCAAUCCAAAUGUGUUGGAUGGUGCAAUCGUUGGUGGUCCGGAUGCUAACGAUGCCUACAUCGACUCGAGGUCUAAUUUUCAACAGGCUGAGCCCGCCACCGUCACCACCGCACCCUUUGUCGGUGUACUAGCUCGGCUCGCCUGAGUUUUGUCAAUGUGAUUAGAUUUUCUUUUUCUUGUUUUAGCUUAUUGUUAGCCAUUGACAUCAAUGUACCUGUCAUUUGGAUUGAAUAAGAAAUUAAGAAAGAGGAGGAAAAAAGAGAAGACAUAGUCAGUAUUUUUGUUUUUCUUUGUUGAG